GUAAAAAAUGAGGCAAAUCAGGAUAGGUCAGGUCAGAUCGGGGAGACUAGUGACUACUCAUGUCUGUUCGCCCCGCCUACGAGAUCAAUAUUACCUGCCAAAAAUAGGUCAAAUUAAUAAAUAAAAUGUGUUAGGUCAAGCCAAAGGUAACACAACCGAGUCGGUCGGGAGUGUGGUCUUUCGGGCUUGAGAAGUGUGAGGUCUCAGGUUCGAACUCCGCUACACCACUUGGUGUUCCCGGAGGCAUCGCGAGUGCUGGAGACUUCCCAGGUUUAGUAGACAACGCUGCCAUAAAGUGGCAUGUGGGGCUGAGGUUCCUCGGUAAUAAAUAAAUAAAUAAAAUGUGUUAGGUCAAAAUUGUGAUGAGUCUUCUGAAUUGAUUACCGACUGAAAUUUGGGCCUGAAACUUCACCUUUCGCAAAUAAAUAUUUGGGCUUUGACUAAUACUUUUGGGCUAGAGCUGCGUCGUUUUUCCCCCCUUCUUUUUUCGAUACGGGAAACAGAAUUGAGAAUCCAAACUCGAUACUUUUCGAUCAAAACUACUCUCCUUCCAUUCUAGCUUUUACUCUCACCGUGUUCUUCGAAUUGAAAAGCUAGGUCACAGGGGGGGAAGAAGCACAUAGAGUGGAAUCCAGUCAAAAUUGACUGAAUCGACUACUGAGUCGCGCGAGCUAAAGGGAAUAACAAGAAGGAGGAAGAACAUUUCGGUUUGAUUUCCGAGUAUAAUUCAGUCAUCACAAUCUUUCCACUGUCAAUGCAAGUUUUGUGGUCUAGCACUGUGUAUUCUUGGUGAAAUGAAUUCAAUCUCUUUGUUUGUGCAAAACUAGUUUUGCAUCUCACUUUAGCUAACAUGUGUACCAUGCAUUGCUGCAGACGGUAUGAUUUUUGCAUGCUUUUGAAAAUGGGGAAGGAGGAAAGCCCGCAGGCAGCAAGAAGGACAACCAGGGCUUCUUGUGCUGCUGCUUCAAAUGGCGAGGUUGGAAGGUCGACCAUCACUCCACUCCACAAUCCAACAGUCAGUGACCUUGCUUUUGGAGGGGAACCCCUUAGCUCUGAAGACCUGCGGUCUAGUUUCCCAGCUAGGCGUCCUCAGAUUCUUGAGCUUGUGCAUCUCUUGGGUCCACACAGUUCCCCUAUGCUUCCAUUGUUUGUCUAUGGAGGUGCUUCUACAGGCAAAACCACCGUCAUUCUUCAAGUUUUCAGGCACCUUAAUCGUCCAUUUGUCUAUGCAAGCUGCCGUACUUGUUAUAGUCCUCGGAUCUUGUUUGAGUCCAUCUUAAACCAGUUGUUACUUCAUAGAAAGAACGAAGCCAAUGGAUACUCAAGUGCAAAACGAUGUGAAAAGCCAUCUGAUUUUGUGAACUUUCUCCGUGAAGAUGUCGGCAAGGUUGUUGAUAGUCUCAAAGAUCACUCAGGGAAGCGGAAGUCGAAUAAGUCGCGUAGAUGGCCGAAGGGAGAUAUCCUCUAUUUGAUCAUUGAUAACUUGGAGUUGGUGCGGGAGUGGGAUAAAAGUUCCAGCUUAUUGCCUUUCCUGUUCAAUCUCUAUGAUAUUCUGAAGUUGCCUAAUUUCGCGUUGAUAUUUGUUAGCAGUAGCUCACCGGAUACAUAUUACUCAAGUAUGGGAUACAUAGAGCCUAUUCCUGUCUUUUUUCCUGAAUAUACAGAAGAAGAUCUUCGCCAACUACUGAUAAGGAAUCAAGCAAACCAGAAGCUGUACAGCUGUUUUCUUGACAUUGUACUCAGGCCAUUCAGUAGAGUAACUAGACGACUUGAUGAAUUAAGCACAGUCUUUUCAUCUUUGUUUCAAAAGUAUUGUGAACCACUGAGCGAUACGAGUUUGUUUCCCAAUGAUGAGAUGAAGAGAAGAUUGUUUAGUCACUUUCGGCCUUACAUUUCCCCUGCUUUGAAUGAGAUAUUUUGGGGGCCAUCGCAGUGUUUAUCUGGAAUUGAAUCUGGGAAGGUUACUAGGCAGAGAGGUAGCAUAAGAAAGCAUGAAGACAAUGAAGAUUUUACCGAGAUUGGUUUCCAUAUGUCUACUGCUGCAAAGUAUCUUCUUAUCUCAGCUUUCCUUGCUUCGAGAAAUCCGGCUACCCUGGAUGCAUCUUUGUUUGACUCCACUGGCGGUUCAGAUAAUCGCAAGCGUAAGAGGAAGGCCUCCGAAAAGUCGAUGGAGCAAAAGGAAACUGUAGAACAAGAAUCACUUAUGAAAGGACCCGGAACAUUCCCAUUGGAGAGACUACUGGCUAUUUUUCAAUGCAUAACAUCUGUAAUCGAUGUGUCGAUUGACGAGGAGGAACAUGGAGAUGGGUUUUCCACGGAUGGCGGAAACAGCAGCUGGCUCAUGUCUAAUGUUCUAUCACAGCUAUCGAGUCUGUGUGAUGCUAAUUUCAUAGCCAAAGGUGGAAGCUGCCCCUUGGAAGGUUCAACACGGUAUCGAUGCACCAUUUCUGAAGAUUUUGCUCUGAAGGUAGCUAGAAGCAUCAAGUUUGCUCUGCCAAACUACUUGUGUAGAAGGUAAUCUGCGGGGUGAAAUGGGUUCGAGCGAAGGAAUGGAUAAAGAACUGAGAGACAACAACCGACCAAAAGGGGUGUUUUCUCUGUAGUGUGGAAUUUCAUUCCAAAGUAGCCGUGGGGUUCGAGGUAUCAGCACAAUCACAUAUGAUUAGACGUGGGCUGGUAGUUGGCUGGCUGAACUUAACUUGCCCUGCUGUGCACUAGCAGUUGGAAGUUGUGGUUCCUUUAUAAUUUGGUAGGUGCUGAGAUCCGUGAAUACUGGUGUGUACUUACUUGUCAUUACUUCCUUUCACUGGUACGUAAUAGCAGGAGGCACUGCUACCUGCUGCAGUGGCAGAGUUUGUAGAAACAGUAGAACAGUUUGGGCAAGUGGAUGUCUCUGGGUUGGGUUGGGUUGGCUAGAAAGGCCUUUUGCCUUUGUGUUGGUUAGGUGUGGGAUUGGUUGAUGGAAAUGGGAUUUCUGUAUGUUGUUCCAUCGGACCAACUACCUUAUUUGGGAUAAAAAGGCUUAUUCAGUAUUUUAAACCUAUGGGGUCAAUCCCACUGAUUUUGUCUCGACCAUUCAACUGGCCACCUACUCUAAUCUACUUAUUGUUAAGCCAACUAUGUGUAAUAUUUGUUCCUCAAUUGGUUACGAAUACUAGUUAGACAUGUAUGAGUACAUGUUGAGAUUAUACGUGUAAUACAUGUUAGAAGCUUUUGAAUACAAGUUCAGACGUUUUGAAUAUGAGUUUGUCUUACUUGUAAUGCAUGUUAGAAGCUUUUGAAUACUAGCUAGACAAGUUUUGAAUACUAAAACAAUCCAAGCUUUUGUUACUAUUCUCACGUCAGGCACCUAUAUGAGACGAUAAAAAACCUGCCACUUAGACUUUAUUACUAUUCCCAUGUGAUGAAGUAGUUGCAUUCAUUCGUAUGUUUAAGCAUCAUCUACUUCCCUUCUCCAUUGUACACUUCUUUUAUCUUCUUUAUCCAAGUCCAUGGUAGGAGAAGUUCCAAAACAUGUGUGUCGGGUUGAGAUUAAUGAACAAGAAUUCUGUAUGAAAUUGAAAGCUCCAAAUACUCUCUGUGACUAGCAAUAGUUGAGUGAGUUGGUUCUUUUAGAUUUCUUAAGUGAUAUUUUUUUUUGAUAAGGGUAACACAGGUUUCACUUUUUGUGAUUAAGGUAUUAUUUAAAGGAUUGAACCUGUGACCUCCAGGUUCUAGGUUAGUGGUAUUAUCCCUGGGCCAAACCCUUGUUCGUCUCGAGUGAUUUUUUAAUUAUAGGAAACUGUGUAUACAUUCAUUAAAUCAAUGAGUCGUAUCUGGAGUCUCGAGCAUCUACACAAUAUAUUAUGCACUUCACUCUAUGUCAUUGUUGCCACCUUGCACUUUGAUUGGUUCUCCUUAUUUGAUGGAAGGGCAACUUUGACAAUUUAUCAAACACUCAAGGGUCACUCAUUAUUAUUGGACUUUUGGUUUUCUUUUUGGUAAAUGCGAUUAGGAUUAAGGGAAAAAAAGUUUUAUUUUAAGAUAAAUGCUACAUAAUAAUUAUUUGAAUUUUGCUCUGUGUAGAUUUAUUUUGUGUAGUUAAGGAAAAAAAUGAGGCUAUCUAAAGUUGUUUAACUCCUAAAUGAAAUAAUGCUUGCGAAUUGGAUUUUGAGAUGAUAAAGAUGAUAUAUCGUUGUGGCAUGGAUGUUUGGGUAGAGGUUCCUUCUGAAUAGGUUUUUUCGCAUUAGGAUUUUACGUUAAACAGAUAAAUCAAGCAUCAACCUUCAAAAGUUUUAGAAUCUUAAUUUCACAGUGAUUUCGGCAAACAUGAAAAGGAAGAAAGACAGGAAAUCUUGGCAAAAUACAAUCAAUUUAUAUUGUUUUUAAUUCUUUUAAUUUUCAAAUUAGCAUGUCUAAUUUUUACAUUACAUUUUGGAAGGUAAGAUCGCAUGUUUAGUUGUAGGUUAAAAAAUAAUUACAUCCAUAUCGU